UGUAAUCGGUCUAUAAAAUGUACAUUACCUAUUCGCUAUUCAUUUAUAGCAUGAGGAAGUAUGUAAUUCUAGGUAAUUCAGUUUUUUUAAACGUGUAAUGAUUUGUUGCAGGGAGCUGUGCUGAACUGGAGUUUGAAGAAGGGACUGCCAACAGAUCUUCAAUAUUCAUCUUGCAGCACUUAUACAGAAUGGCUUCACGGGGGCAAAAAAUGUUGGAUAUGAUCAACAAGACAACAGAUUUAGAUGCUUCUACCCAUACAACACGUGGAUCCAAGACCAUCUCUUUCAAGGAUCUUUUCCCGGAUUCCAACUUCACAACCAAAGAAGAGACAGCUGAAAUUGGGAAAUUGAUUGAAAAUGACUUAGGUGAGGUAAUUGUUUUGGAUAACAAUAUUUUCCAACCGGGACCAUCCAACAAUACGGAAGUUUUUGAAAGCAAUGGAACACCAGAUUUGUCAUCAAUAAUGACUGUAGAAUCUAAUGAGACACUCAUCAAUUACCAACCAGGUACAUCUGGUGAUAUUAAUUUAUUGGGUAGUAGCAACUCAACAAAUCCAUCUUCGUUUGAUUCAAUCCAGAAUGGGAUAAUAAUUGUAGAUUCUAUGGAGCACCAAUUGAUAGCAUUAGUUUUGAACCAGGCACCUCUGACAAUAACCCAAUUGAAGGCUUUGUUAGCAAUGAAGCACCAGAUUUAUCUUCAAUCAAUAUAGAGUCCAAUGGGGAACUGAUUAAUGUGAUUGGAGAUCCUGAGGUACAUAUGAAUGAUGUGAGCUUUGAAAGAAAUACAUCUGACU